AUGACGGUAAUCACAAUAUUUAAGGGUAAAGUCGAAGAAGUUGAGUUGCCUGUCAACCAAGUAGACAUCAUCAUCAGUGAAUGGAUGGGUUACUGCCUUUUCUAUGAGUCCAUGCUUAACACAGUUAUCUUUGCCAGAGACAAAUGGCUGAAACCUGGAGGGCACAUGUUUCCAGACCGGGCUUCUUUGUAUAUGGUAGCAAUUGAAGACAGACAGUACAAGGACUUCAAAAUUCACUGGUGGGAGAAUGUAUACGGUUUUGACAUGACAUGCAUCAGGGAUGUUGCCAUGAAGGAGCCAUUGGUGGACAUUGUAGACCCAAAGCAAGUGGUGACCAAUGCCUGUUUAAUAAAGGAAGUGGAUGUUUAUACAGUGAAGCCAGAGGACUUGGCGUUUACUUCUGCAUUUUGUCUCCAGAUUCAGCGGAAUGACUACGUACAUGCCUUGGUUACUUAUUUUAAUAUAGAAUUUACAAAGUGCCACAAGAAAACAGGAUUUUCUACAGGCUUUAAGUUUGACGGCCAUUGGUACAUGGACAAGGCUGUACGCAUGGGCUGUUCCAUCACCUGUGCUGCAUCAGAGACGUUUGGUACCUUUCUCAAAUGGGUCACUAAGGACG